CCUGACGUCCUUUCACCACAGUGUAGAAGGAGAUUAAACUCGACAUGAGGGCUUUACUUCUUCUGUUGACGGUGGCUGUGGCGUUUGCCGCCAAGCGCUUCGAUGGAGAACAAGUUCUGCGUAUCCAUCCCCAACAUGACGGACAGCUGAAGGAGCUGAGAUCAUUGGAGAUGGCAGAGGCGAGGCUUGACUUCUGGAAGGGCCCGACCGCCCUGUCCCGGCCCGUGGAUGUGCGCGUGCCCAGGGAGAUGCUGAAGGAGGUCAAGACCCUGCUGGAGAAGACCGGUAUGGAGUACACGGUCAUGGUGGAGGACCUGCAGCAGAACAUCAACUCGGAGAGAUCGCGCGUGCGCUCUACCGGCUUCAACUUCGACGACUACAACACGAUUGAUGACAUCGAUGCGCAGCUGCAGACCUUCGCGGCGAACUAUCCCAGCCUGACGUCCGUCUUCACCAUCGGAACCUCCCACCACGGCCGCGCCAUCAACGCCAUCAAGGUAGGGGCUGCCGGUACCAACAAGCCCGCCAUUUUCCUGGAGGGACAGAUCCACGCCCGUGAGUGGGUCGUGUCUGCCACGCUGCUCCUCAACAUCAAAUACCUGCUGGAGGGCUAUGGAAGCAACAGCCAGAUCACAGAAUUCAUGAACACCCUGGACUUCUACUUCAUCCCAGUCACCAACGUGGAUGGAUACAUCUACACCUGGACUCACGACCGGAUGUGGCGUAAAACUCGUUCCGGUCCCCACUCCCAGUCCAUCUGGGGGACUUGCUACGGAGUCGACCCCAACCGUAACUGGGACGACCACUUUGCAGGCCCCGGCACCAGCUCUGACCCGUGCUCUGACCUCUACCACGGACCGUCUCCCUUCUCCGAGGUGGAGACAGAGGCGGUCUCCAACUGGGUCCUGGCCAACAGCAACAACAUCAAGUCAUACCUGAGCGUGCACGCCUACUCCCAGAUGUGGAUGACUCCGUACGGAUGGACCUACGCCCACCCGCCAGACUACGAGGAUCAGUAUUCCCUUGCCGGAAGGAUCGCAGGCGCCAUUCAGGGUGUCCACAGGAAGAGGUUCGCUUAUGGAACCAUCGCCGACGUCAUCUACGAGGCGGCAGGAUCCAGCUGUGAUUGGGCUUACUCCAAGGUUGGAGUCAAGUAUUCCUUCGCCAUCGAGCUCCGUGACGAGGGGCGGUACGGAUUCGUCCUGCCUGCCGACCAGAUCCGACCCUCGGCCGAGGAGUUCUUCGCAGGGCUUAUGGUCCUGGCCAGCCAAGUGCAGCUUGACUGGUUAGGGAUCCAUUGUGUCCGUAUAUGGUCACGUAUGUCGACCUUCGUGACAAAUCAAAUAUUAUUGACAGUAGGUGACCCCAGGCGCGUGAUAGAGCGAAGGUACAGUACGUCACAUGAGACCGGCCCAGGGUGUAGGGACGUCAAAAAUUACGCCACUCUACCCACAGUCUCUCGGUGUCGAAUCGUCAUCAUGAAUGCCCUGCUACUUUUGUUCACCGUCACUGUGGCCUCUGCCAUUACUCGCUUCGAUAGAGAACAGGUGCUGCGAGUUAUUCCUCAAAAUGAGCGCCAACUUCAGGACCUGGUGAGGCUGGAGAGGGAAGACAUCCGGCUGGACUUCUGGAAGUCGCCAGGGGGCGUGUUCCGGCCCGUGGAUGUACGUGUGCCCAGGAACCUCCUCACGCACGUCAGGAAACUGUUGGGCAACACUGGGAUACAGUACACGGUGAUGAUCGACGACCUUCAACAACUCAUCAACAACCAAACGUCACCGUCGAUCACCAACGAGUUUGACUUCGAUAACUACAACAGUUAUGAGGAGAUCAAUACGCAGCUGCAGGACUUCGCUGACAAGCACCAGAGUCUGACGUCACUCAUCAAGAUCGGCGUCUCACACGAGUCCCGCGAUAUCUACGCAAUCAGGGUGGGAAGUUCUGGGACCAACAAGCCCGCCAUCUUCCUGGAGGGACAGAUCCACGCCCGGGAAUGGAUCGUGUCUGCCACGCUGCUCUACAACAUCAAGUUCUUGUUGGACGGGUACGGUACGGAUGACCGCAUCACCAAACUGAUGGACGAGGUGGACUUCUACUUCCUGCCCGUUACCAACGUGGACGGAUACGUUUACACCUGGACUACUAACCGUCUGUGGCGUAAAACCCGCUCCGGUCCGAUUGACGGCUGUUACGGAGUGGAUCCCAACCGCAAUUGGGACGACCACUACGCAGAACCCGGUGCUAGUGACAACCCCUGCUCGGACACCUACCACGGCCCCACCGCCUUCUCCGAGGUCGAGACGAAGUCCCUGUCCAACUGGGUCCUGGAGAACGGCAAAGACAUCAAGGCGUACCUGGCCGUGCACUCGUACUCCGAGAUGUGGAUGAGCCCGUACGGGUGGACCCACGAUCUACCGCGGGACUACGAAGAACAGAACGACCUUGGUGCAAAAACUGUUAACGCCAUAAGGGAAGUGAACGGUCUGAACUUUAAGCAUGGAUCCAUCGCCAACGUCAUUUACGUGACGUCAGGGAACAGUGCGGACUGGGCCUACGACGUGGCGGGGAUCAAGUACUCGUACGCCAUCGAGCUGCGCGACAACGGGCGGUACGGCUUCGUCCUGCCGCCCGAGCAGAUCAAACCGUCAGCCGAGGAGUUCUUUGCAGCGCUUCUGGUUGUGGCCGAGCAAAUCGCUAAUGAAUGAUCUCCAUGAAUUCUGGACAAGACGUGGUGCGUCGAAGCAUCUACUUCGUCAGACACGCCUUGAAAUAAACUAUGAGUG